GGUUUGAGUCAAAAACAGUAUUUAAAAAAGUCUUUUGUCGACUUUUUUAUUAUUUUAUGAAAUAUAUCUUGCCAUCUGCUUUCUUAAACAAAAGGAAUCUUCUCGCACUUUCUCAAACUUUCUCGAAAAAAUCCUCAUCUCACCAUCUCCCAUUAUUCUUUUCCACUUUUUCAAUUUCUGAAAUGUCUCAACAAGAAUUAGUUCAUCCAACUAUCGUAGAUGGUUGGUUUCGUGAAAUAUCAGACACUAUGUGGCCUGGCCAAGCAAUGACUUUGAGAGUCAAAAAAAUUUUACACGUUGAAAAGACUAAAUACCAAGACCUAUUGAUAUUCAAAUCGACCGAUUAUGGCAACGUUUUAGUCCUCGACAAUGUUAUUCAAGUCACUGAAAGAGAUGAAUUUGCCUACCAAGAAAUGAUCGCUCAUUUGGCUUUAUUCUCCCAUCCAAACCCCAAAAAGGUUCUUGUCAUCGGUGGUGGUGAUGGUGGUGUUCUAAGAGAAAUCAUCAAGCAUCCAGGUGUUGAGUCUGCUAUUUUGUGUGACAUCGAUCAAAGUGUUAUUAAUGCUGCCAAAAAAUACUUGCCUAACAUGGCAAAAUCCUUUGACCAUCCAAAGGUUAACGUUCAUAUUGGUGAUGGUUUUAAAUUUUUAGAAAGUUAUAAAAAUCAUUUUGACAUCAUCAUCACCGAUUCUUCUGAUCCGGAGGGUCCUGCUGAAUCUCUUUUCCAAAAACCUUAUUUCCAAUUAUUAAAUCAAUCAUUAACCGAAAAUGGUGUCAUCACAACCCAAGCUGAAUCUAUCUGGUUACAUAUGAAAAUUAUUAAGGAUUUAAAAGACGCUUGCAGCCAAGUUUUUCCAAACGUCAGAUAUGCUUACACCACUAUUCCAACUUAUCCAUCUGGUCAAAUUGGUUUUAUGGUUUGCACCAAAAACAAAUCAAUCGAUUUAUCAAAACCUUUAAGAUCUUUCUCAAAAGAUGAUGAAAAAAAAUUAUUCAGGUACUAUUCUAAAGAGAUCCAUGAAGCCUCAUUUGUUUUACCAAACUUUGCAAAAGUUGAGCUCGAAUAAUAAAAAAAACGGAUUAAGAUUAACAAAUCAAUAAUGAACACAUCCAUUCAAUUAAUUAGUUUGAUGAAAUGGAAUGCUUUUAUGACUUUUCCUCCCUUAUAGCCUUUUUUUAUAUAUAUUUGUUUGAUCAUUGUUGCUUUUCUCAUCUGAUCAUCGUACAUAUAGAUAUAUAUCAAGGAAUAGAUUUUUUUUUUAUUAUUUACUCAUUUAUUCUUAAGUGUUUCCAAUUCGGAUCGAAGUUGUCUGUAUUUCAAAGUCAACUUAUAAUAUGCUUUAUAAAUUUUUGUAUUCUCUUCAAUUUCCUCGGCUAAUUCUUUUUGCAACUUGGUAUACUUGUCUUUUAAAUUUAAAUAUUUGAUCUCAAAUUUCUGAUUAUCAUUAUUAUUUUCAUUAUUAUUUUCAUUAUUAUUUU